AUGGGGAACACAGGGAGCACACAUAAGAUUUCUGCGCAAGAUAAAGCCAUACUUGACCUGAAGAACCAACGAGACAAGCUUCAUCAGUAUCAGAAGCGGAUAACGGUUCUUACGGAUCGUGAGACCGAGAUCGCCAAGCAAUGUCUUGCGCGGAACGACCGUCCUCGGGCACUAUUAGCUCUACGAAGGAAGAAAUACCAGCAGUCUCUACUAGAAAAAACCGAUCUACAGCUUGAGCAGUUGGAGAAGUUGACUGGUAGUGUAGAGUUUGCGUUGGUACAGAAGGAUAUCCUGUUUGGUUUGAGCCAGGGCAACAAGGUGUUGCAGGCUAUACAUCGUGAAAUGGGCGGUAUAGAAGGCGUUGAGAAACUCAUGGGUGAAACAGAGGAAGCAAGAGCUUAUCAAGAGGAAAUCUCUCAGCUCCUAAAGGGGCAAAUUUCCAACCAGGACGAAGAGGAGGUAGAGGAUGAACUUGAGAAGCUUGAGCUUCAAGUAACAAACAGAGUGAAGCUUCCCAGUGCGCCGACAACCACAUUGGAGAAUGAGGCAGAACAAGCGCAGGAAUCGGAACCUGCAAGAGCUCCUGCUAGAGUUCGAGAAACUAUUGCGGAGUAG